AAAAGAACGAAUGAAGAGAAAAUGCUCAGAAAGACAUGGUUCCGCAAAAAUACUGACAAAUGAAGAAGUUGAUGUGCUACAAAGUCUACACAAGGUCAGGUACGGAAAACGGCCUUGAACGAAGUAGAAACCGCUUAACGAGUGCACGUAUCUACAAUCAGUGGGUCACCGGUGACUUCAGAUUUCAAUGAACAACUGCAUCUCUGUGCCAAUGUGGUAUGGCAACUCGAACUGAUGUACGUACAUAUGAAGUUCUACGUUGUUACUGACUGACUGAACAAGGUGGUCUGGGGCACUGUUAGAGGUAUAAGGGUGGUUGUGACUUCUCGGCUGCUCACACCGUGGAAGAAUAUCUCUUAAGUGACCUGCAAAAGAAGCUGGAUUAGUGGUUGUUCCAACGACUUGGGAACGUCGCUGCAGAGUCCAAAUUACAAGUGCUUGAGAUGGGUUUAACUAAAAGAAUUGUGUCUCCAGCCGAUUUACGUCAGUGGACUUCUUCUAUCGCUUGUAAUGAGAUUCUUAACCUAAUAAAUAGUGUCAAUAGUAAAUUGGUCUCUCGUCCAAUCCAGGAUAAUUUGAAAUCUUCUAAGGCCAUAAUGUUGGUAUGUGAAAUGCUUGACAAGUUACAGCAAGCAAUUAAAGAUUACCCACCUGAAGAGCAGCCGCAGAGAUUUGGAAAUAAAGCAUUUAGGCGAUGGUUUACAUGGUUACAAGAGAAUGCCAUUGAAAUUGGUUCAACUAUUUUUCAUGAUCAUGGUACCACAGAUUUCACUGAUCCACCAAUGUUAUACACCGAAGCAGUUGACGAAGUUUCUGGUUAUCUAGUUGAAUCAUUUGGAAAUUCAACACGUAUCGAUUACGGGACUGGUCAUGAAUUGGCUUUCUUAGCGUUUUUAACUUGUCUUUUCAAACUGAACAUUCUAAAAACACAAACUGAUUCUGGUGCAUCAACUAUAAAUGAUCUCCUAGCUGUUGGGCUUGUUGUAAUGCCAAAGUAUCUAGUAUUAGUUCGUCUGUUACAAACAACAUAUCGUAUGGAGCCAGCUGGCUCUCAUGGUGUAUGGUGUUUGGAUGAUUUUCAAUUUGUACCUUUCAUUUGGGGCAGUAGUCAAUUGAUUGGCAGUCAGCACAAUCCUACCGUGAUAACAGAUCGUGAUGUUGUUGAAUUGGAAAAAGAUAAAUACCUUUUAUUUUCAUGUAUUUCUUAUAUUCAUCAUUGUAAAACUGGUCCAUUUGAAGAACAUUCACAUACGUUGUAUGGAAUAAGUGAAGUACCGAAAUGGGAAAAAGUUAAUUCUGGUUUAAUUAAAAUGUAUAAAGGUGAAGUUUUAGAAAAAUUUCCAGUCGUUCAACAUUUUCUAUUCGGUAGUUUAUUAUCAUUUGAUAGAGUACAAAAUAGUAAACCUUUGGGUGGUAGUGGAAUAAAUAUUGGUGGAGGUUUUAGUCAACGAGGAUUUAUUCCUUCAAAUAUUGAUUCAUUUGUAAAACCAAUUUCAUCGACAAUCCAACAAUCAAAUCAACACGAUGAAAAAUUGUAGAGUUACGAAUUAAAAGUCGAGGGAUUAUACAAUAAAUAUUAUUCUACAUAUAAUGAUAAACACGACUUUUUUUCUCUAAUUAAGUCUCAAUCUUUUUUUAAUGGAUUGCUUAGUAAUUUUCGAUUAAUUUUAUCUUGUUCACAUAAUUGAUCAUGUAUAUAGAUGGCUGCAAUGACUAUAAUUUCCAACGUUAA